UCCACCCCCUUGGGAACGACAGCUGCUCCAGCUGCUCCUGGUCGGGUCGAGCUUCUGAGCUCUGAACCGUGGCUGCCCCGGCGGUGGGCGAGCUGAGGUGAUCCCAGGACGACCCGUGGGGUGGGCCGACCGGGGAGCCUCCAGCCGCUGGCGGGGAGUGUAGGCCACCGAGGGACCGGCCCCUGGAUCCAGCCAGAGAGGUGCCUCAGCUUCCUUCCACCUCCAUGGUGUUCCCUGAACCAUUGCCGGAGGCGCUGUGAGGUAGAGAACCCAUUGGUGCUACACUCUGCACGACCACUUCAUCUUUGCAUCGUGUCCAGCUGUGGUUUCCUGUAGUGGUCCCCGUUUGCUGUAAAGAGAGGCUUCUUUGAUGUGGGGUGGUAGCUACGGUCAUCUGUGGGUAGAAAGAAGUAAGAAGUCAAACCUGAAGUCCUGCAGCUGACUCAUGGAGUAAUGGAUGUGUAUUGUCUCUGAUUCUAACGCACAUCACAAGAAGGGACCUGUUCCUUUCCGACACAGCAAUUCCAAGAUAAAAUCCGAUCACUGAAUUACUCAGCACCUGCAAUCACGUGUGCACCCAAGGCAGGGGAGCAAAUAGUGAGAGUCCACUGGAAAACUGCUCUCCCAGUUGUUACUGGGAGGUCCCGCCAAACCAAGUCCUUUCAUUCUUCCCAUUGGCGGCCUCAAUGCCUACGCUUUUAGACUCAUCUGGUCACUUCCGUCUAAGGACGUCAGGUAGCAUCCCAGCCCAAAACUUGUGCCGUGAAAUCCAAGACUGUGACCCAGAUAAUGUAAUAGGAUCUUCCUAUGAUUUGGGGCCAUAUCCUACUUAGAUGAACUUGGGACAUCCAGCCUUACCAAGCACUUGGAACUACACACAGGCUCCGUGCUUGCUUGGUAUAGGUUACCAUGCCAUCUCUGCCUCAAGAUGGGGUUAUUCAGGGAUCAUCUCCCCUGGAGCUGAAUACAGAAUUACCUUAUCACUGCACAAUGAAAAGGAAAGUCAGAAAAAAGAAAAAGAAGGGAAUUAUUACAGCGAAUGUUGCUGGAACAAAGUUUGAAAUUGUUCGUUUAGUAAUAGAUGAGAUGGGAUUUAUCAAAACUCCUGAUGAAGACGAGACGAGCAACCUUAUCUGGUGCGAUGCUGCUGUUCAGCAGGAGAAGAUUACGGACCUGCAGAACUACCAGAGAAUCAACCAUUUUCCAGGAAUGGGGGAGAUCUGUAGGAAGGAUUUCUUAGCAAGAAAUAUGACGAAGAUGAUCAAGUCUCGGCCCAUGGAUUAUACCUUUGUUCCUCGAACGUGGAUUUUCCCUUCUGAGUAUACUCAAUUCCAAAACUAUGUGAAAGAAUUGAAGAAAAAACGGAAGCAGAAAACUUUUAUAAUAAAACCAGCUAAUGGUGCAAUGGGUCAUGGGAUUUCAUUGAUAAGAAAUGGGGAUAAAAUUCCAUCUCAGGAUCAUUUGAUAGUUCAAGAAUACAUUGAAAAGCCUUUCCUAAUGGAAGGCUACAAGUUCGAUUUACGGAUUUAUAUUUUGGUUACAUCCUGUGAUCCACUAAAGAUAUUCCUCUACCACGAUGGGCUUGUGCGAAUGGGGACGGAGAAGUACAUUCCACCAAACGAGUCCAACUUGACCCAGUUAUACAUGCAUCUGACCAACUACUCAGUGAACAAACACAAUGAACGGUUUGAACGCAAUGAAACGGAAGACAAAGGCAGCAAGCGUUCAAUCAAGUGGUUUACCGAAUUCCUACAGGCCAAUCAACACGAUGUUACCAAGUUCUGGAGCGAUAUCUCGGAGUUGGUGGUAAAGACGCUGAUUGUAGCAGAACCUCAUGUCCUGCACGCUUAUCGGAUGUGCAGACCCGGCCAGCCCCCCGGGAGCGAAAGCGUCUGCUUCGAAGUCCUGGGCUUCGACAUCUUGUUGGAUAGAAAGCUCAAGCCAUGGCUUCUGGAGAUUAAUCGAGCCCCAAGCUUUGGAACUGAUCAGAAAAUAGACUAUGACGUCAAACGGGGGGUUCUGCUAAAUGCACUGAAGCUGCUGAAUAUCAGGACCAGCGAUAAAAGGAAAAACUUAGCCAAGCAAAAGGCAGAGGCUCAGAGAAGGCUGUAUGGUCAAAAUCCAAUAAGAAGGCUUUCGCCAGGCUCCUCCGACUGGGAACAGCAGAGGCACCAGCUGGAGAGGCGGAAAGAAGAGUUGAAAGAGAGACUCCUUCAAGUACGAAAGCAGAUUUCCCAAGAAGAACAUGAAAACCGACACAUGGGGAAUUACAGGAGAAUUUAUCCUCCAGAAGAUAAAACACUGCUUGAGAAGUAUGAAGGUCUGCUGGCUGUCGCCUUCCAGACCUUCCUCUCGGGAAGAGCGACUUCCUUCCAUCGAGAGAUGAACAAUCCUCUGAAGAAGAUGCGGGAGGAAGAUCUUCUGGAUCUCCUGGAACAGUGUGAAAUCGAUGAUGAAAAGCUGAUGGGGAAAACCACCCGGGUCCGAGGACCGAAGCCCCUGUACUGCAUGCCAGAGUGUGCGGAAGUCAUGAAGAUGCAGAAGUAUUACGGCAGCAGUGACAGCAGCUACGAUAGCAGCGGCAGCAGCAGCAACUCUGAUCUGGACGAGAGCGAUAAAGAACUGUGUCAGAAGAGACUAGACCAAGUCCCAUAUAGCUUUAAGCACAGCAAGCUAUUCCAGCAAUCCAAUUCCAUGAGGCGUUCGGUCAGCUGCCCUCGGUCCAUCUCUGCUCACUUACCUUCCAGAGGGGAUGUGCGCCCCUUUUCUUCUCAACAAGUGAUACCAUUAGCACGACCAACUUCAGCGUCUCGGUCACAUUCCUUAAACCGCGCUUCCUCCUACAUGAGACACCUGCCUCACAGUCACGACGCCAGCUCUGCCAGCAACGCUCUGGUGAACGAGUCUUUGCGGCAACUGAAGACAAAAGAGCAGGAAGACGACCUCACCAGUCAGACCUUGUUUGUCCUCAAGGACAUGAGGAUCCGCUUUCCGGGGAAGUCGGACGCAGAGUCAGAGCUCCUGAUAGAAGAUAUCAUGGAUAACUGGAAGCAUUAUAAAACAAAAGUGGCUUCAUAUUGGCUCAUAAAACUGGACUCCGUAAAGCAACGGAAAGUUUUGGACAUAGUAAAAUCAAGUAUCCGUACAGUUCUUCCAAGGAUCUGGAGGGUCCCCGAUGCUGAAGAACUGAGUCUGUACCGGAUUUUCAACAGGGUAUUCAAUCGCCUACUCUGGAGCCACGGCCAGGGACUGUGGAGCUCUUUCUGUGAUUCAGGAUCCUCCUGGGAGAGCAUCUUCAAUAAGGGCCCGGAGGUGGUGACCCCUCUGCAGCUCCAGUGCUGCCAGCGCCUGGUGGAGCUCUGCAAACAGUGUCUGCUUGUGGUUUACAAAUACACGACGGAGACCAGAGGACCCAUCUCGGGCAUUGGUCCCGACUGGGGUAACUCCAGGUAUUUGCUACCAGGAAGUACUCAAUUCCUCAUGAGGUCACCACUGUACAACAUGAAAUAUAAUUCACCCGGAAUGACUCGCUCCAAUGUUUUGUUUACGUCCCGAUAUGGCCGUUUGUGAAACUGAGUGGAAGAUUGCCAUGGGCGGUGCAUAAUAGCCAUUCAUUUAUUUUCUCCAGUUGAACCUUAAGGAAGCGACCCUUACGUGCUGUUUUAUGUAUAUAUGUCAUAUAAGUGUGUGAAAUACAUACACACAUGCACUCAAGUAACAUAUAAAUAUAUAUAUUUAUUAUAUGUAAGAAGAAUUAGCAGAAGACUGAAUAUAAGAUUUAACCUUUCUGGAAAUGUAAUAAACCAUGUUAAAGUUGUUUACACAAAUACGCAAAUGUGUAGAAUUUGCUAGGUUUAUAAUUAAUUACUUCCUACUAGAAAUGUUAUUUUUUGCUGCAGAGUUGAUCCUGAAGAUCCCAUCAUUGUGUGAUAAAUUAUUUUCUAGACAAUAGGGCUUUCGGCUUGAGAAAACACUGAUCGUAUCCUAUUACUUCUCUCUAUUAAUAGCUAUGUAACAGUGAAACACAAGGCUUAGAUGCCUGGGCUUGGCUUCACUAUAGGAUUAGGAUAAAACGGGUUCCUUGUUACUCUAGCACACUGCAAAGUACUAGGAAAUAUCCCAGCCUGACUCUCCAACAUUUUACUCCCCUAGAUGGGAAUUUAGCCACUUGUUCUAGUGUGCAUUUUCAGUAAAGAUCUGGUAAGACCAUGGAAUCAUGCAGAACGGGAGGCAAUCCAGUGGGUCAAGAAUCAAAUGUAAACAUACUUUGAUUUGACAUUUUCAUGGCUAGUCACACAGAGAAACAAGACAAUGGCAGUGACAGGAGCUUUGCUGUGUGACUUCUGUGUCACUCUUCUUUGGAAAGCAUAUCAUGGAUGGGUUUAAGUCUCUCAAAGUUGAGACCAAUUUACCUCACAAAGUCCGAUAACAGUAGCUUCUCAUUUCACCCCAGAAAAGAAUCUAAAGACCCUGAAGAGAAGACUCCAGUGAGCCCAGGCCACUGUUCCAUGGUGCAAUCUGGAGGGAGUCUUUAUUCAAAGUUCAGUGUGAAGUUGUCUCCCUGUCCAGAGACUUCAUGCUUGGGUUUCAGGGCAGCACACGCCGCUCCCAUUCUCGCUCUUCCUCCCUGCAGUCUGAAAACCAGCGUGAGCUCUUGGCCUUGCAUACAAAUAGAGACCAUGCCCUGUGGACCUUUGGACUUGGAAAGUACAAUAUUCACUGGAACUUCCCUCCAGUGGUUAUACUCACACACAUAAAGCUUUUGCAAAUCUCGGAAUAUUCACCACCUUCCCGUAUCUUCAUAUCUCUUCCCUGUAAAGGAAGAGGAAACUCCAAAGCAGCCAGGGGUCCCUUGACCUGGUCUCAUCCAAAGCUGGACAGGUGGUGACCCAAAGUUGUAAGAUUUAAGUAUUUCAUUUAAGAACUACCUUUGGGGAAUAUACUUUUUACCGCAAUAUUCAUAUUUUUUUACACACAUUACCGGCAUCUUCUUAACUGGUUUAUGGCUGCCCACCCACAUGCAUUCCAGCAGAGAUUUUUGUACUGGGAACAUCCCACAUAAUUUUGUCUUACUGUUUUUUAAAGAGAAUAAAGCCUCCGGGUAAAGAAGAUGAGUGUGGUAUUUAGGAGUCAGUGUUGUGGAUUCUUCAACACGGCAUAGAUUCCUUAGAGUAAAGGAUGCACAUGCCGGAACACUUCUGAAUCUUCAUGGGGAUAAUAAACAAAUCAGCCCCUUUGGGGUUGGUCUGUAGCCAUAUUUGUUUUUAAUUCUUGGUUUAAAAAAUCAUGGAGGAAUAAAAAAAUCUAAAACUUAUGGAUAUGCCAUUGAUAAGUGACACCAACCUAGUUUGUUGGCCAUUUACCUUGUCUUACCUCACAAAUGAUCAUUUAGUCGGAUAGAGUAUGUACUCCGAAACUUCUAUCAGGUACUAGGAAGGAAUUUUCAUUAAAAAAGAGAGGGGGAUGUCCAUGUUAGGAAUUCUUACCCUAGAAACACACACUAAAAGCUAAGAGUAAAUGCAAUUACAUGAAACUGCCAGGCGAUUGUGAAAAAAAAAACCAUGAUUUUCUUAUCUAUCCAAGCAAGGCCUUGUUUUGAGCACUAGAAUGUCAUUGCCUCCAUUUUCCAGUUUGGACUAGUUGGACAGGACGAAGUUGUGUAGAAAGCCAUGUGUUCAUUAUCUAAGUGCAUUACCUGGUGUGCUGUGGCCUGUGUUUGUCACAGCACCAUCCCCUGAUGAGCAGCCAUGAGAAGACAUGAUAACGAACUGUAGAAGUCUCAGGAGGCCAGAGACAGGUAUUAGAGGUAUAAAAUAUUCCUUAGUUUUUGUUACCCAUUUCUUGUGCAUAUGCUUCCAACAUAUCUGUAGUAGAAACUGUAAAUCUCUCCUUAACAGAAGAGAAAGAAGACUCCAGAAGCUAGUUAGUCUCACCAGGAUUUUUUCUGACAAUGGACUUUGGUUUACCUACAAGGAAGGGGAUGGGUGUAGACCUGCAGUGUAGACCACGGUGGUUCAUUGCCAGGUUGGAAUGCUUACGCAAGCUAAGAUACGGAUGAUUCCCCGAUUGUCUAAGUAGUAACUCGCUUGUUUUAUGUCCUCACCUGCAAACAGAAUCUAAAGGUACAGCUUGGUUUUCACUUGAGUAAGCCAGCCCUGAAGGGUUGAAUCUGUUAAAAGACCCUGUUGCAAUAUGAACGUAAAGUUGUAUAUGGGUGAAGCAACUCUACUGUCUGUAAGACAUGAGGGCUUGCCUAAAUUAGAAAAGAAAGCUCUUGUUACUCAUCUUUAAAGUUCUAACCAAGCCAAAACCAAACCCCUUUCUUUGACCUAAUGUUUGUGCAUACACAGAGAGUAAGUGCCUCCUAGGCAUCAAGAAAAUGAUUUCAUUCAAAUUAUCUCAUUAGCCUGGAAAGUAGAUGAGAAUGGGAUGAUGCUGACGGGAAAUUUUAGAUAUUUGAAUAGAAAUUCAAUGCUUUGUUCCUUAACAUGUCAAUGUUAUUCUGUGUGAACAUUACCUUCAACCUUAAACAUAUGCAAGGCAAUACACACUAUUCACAGAUACCAAAAAAGAUAGCUGCAUACACCUCAUUACUUUAUCUUCUACAAAGCACUUAUUCAUUCUUAAAUAUAUAUUCUUCUAAAAAUAGUAAAUACCUCGAAGUGACAGGAAAUUCCUUCCUUCCCUAUUUAGCAGUUGCUAGCUUACAUCCCAAAUCCCAUGUACUUGGUUCUAAGCAUUAAACAACAAUAAAAAUAUAAGUAUACAAUUACGUUCUUGUGACCUGGUGGUUUUUGGAAAUUUGCUUUUCCCUGUAAACCAAGAGCUUUAAAUGUGAAGGGCCAUGUUAUCUACAUAUUAAUUGUUAGAUAUUUAAUUGUUUUGAACUAAUGUUGGCUUGUGAGUAAAUGAAAACCGUAGAAAUAUAUUCAUAAAGCAAACGAUUCUGCGCACUUCUCUCUCUCUCUCUCUCUCUCUCUCUCUCUCUCUCUCUCUCUCCUCUGUUCCCUGUCUUUAAAUUUGAAGCUUUAGCUGUACAUGAUGGGCAAAGUAAAGAAAAGAUUGAAAGAUUGCCUUUUAAACACUGGUCUCCCUUGAAUUUUUAUAGUGGUGUGUUUUUACACGAGCAACAAUAAAACUUUGAUGAAAUAUUGGGUCAGUUUAGGAGCAAGGUUGAAGGCUCUAUACCUAAGAGACACAAAGCGUCGACCCACGUGAAGUGAGACGCACUUUAACGGUCUUGUGACUGUAACUGAUGGAUUGAGAUGGCACCUGCUGAGAUUGCUUCUAUGUUUGAGGGUCUGCCACAUGGUAGGAGAUGGGUAUUGGAAGAAAUUUACUCAGGUAAUCCACUGUGAGACUAAGAGUGUUGUGUCACCUAGGAAUCUGUAUAAGGCUUCUGCUUUAUCACCCCCUAUGAACUCUAAAGCUCUUGCAACGACAAACACAUCACUCAACAGAGUAAUGGUAAAUUGUAAGAAGGCUUGCCUUUGAACGGUGGCCGGAUAACUAUUGUAUUUCUUUCAAAGGCUAACAGCCAUUUUUGGUCCUUGAGUUCAUAUAAGAACUAAUCUACAUGCUACAGUAUCUGAAUGCCAAUGGAGUCUGAAUUUGAGGGGGGAGAGAAUACAUUUGCUGACAGGACUCAUGGGUCACAUGAUCCCUGUGUGCUUUGCUUCCUGUAAAUGAAUGCAGAUGUUACAAAGAUCCGCUUGAAAUGCCAACAAAGUGUGCAGCUGGCAUUGCUGUGGCAUGCGCUACCGUGUGACACAUGUAUGGCGAAACUACUUCAAUUACCACAAUAAAAUGUCAACACAAGAA